GUGUUGUAUGUCAGCCAGUGAUCUCUAUUAAUGGAACCAAAGACUGGGGGGUGGUCCUGAAGUGUGACUCCGGAGGCUGGUACCCACAGCCUGAGCUUGAGUGGUUGGACAGUCAUGGAAACGUCCUCUCUGCUACUGAACCCACUGAGACAAGCAACUCAACAGAGACCGAGAUGAACCCUGAGGGUCGCUACACCGUGAGACGAUAUGUCACCGUCCGGAACACUGACAACAACAGGUUCACCUGUAGAGUUGUACAGCCACAGAUCAACCAGACAAGGGAGACACAGAUUCAUGUCCCAGACGAUAUGUUUCCUAGCGUGUGGAGGAUUGUUGGUAUAAUAAUACCAACUGUAGCAGCCAUUGUAGCUGUUGUUGUGCUGUUCUACUUUUGCAGAAAACAUCGUCAUAAAGUCAAGAAAGAAGUGAAAAAAAAUCUAGAUCUUCAGACUAAGCUGGAUACAGAGGAGCGCAUUAGACAGCAUGUAGAGGAGAAGGUUGUCGGGUUUUUGGAUGCGCGCAGGCCGAAGCUCGUUGACAAUGUUACCAAGGUGAUGGACAUUGCAGACACCCUGACGAUCCAACAACAGGAUUACUCUGAUAUCUGUGCUGCUGGGACCAACGUGGAGAAGAUGAGGGUUCUGUUCACGGCUGUAGAUUCAGGCGGGGAAAAGGUGAAAUCGGCUUUUUACAGAAGUCUGAUGAGAGAAGAACCUGAUUUAGUCCUAGACAUACUGAAAGAAGACCCUGAUCGAGUCAUAAACCUACUGGGUGAAGAACUGGGUAUAUCUCCAAAAACAGAUGUUGUUGAUGUUGAUCCACCUGAUGAAUCUGGGAGUAACAGAGUUGAAAUGAUGGAGAUGCAACCUUUACUGGGUCCUGGAUCAGAGACGGAGAGAGGAGGAAGACAGGAGGCUGUUGAUGCUCUAGAAGACCAGGAGAGAGAGGAGGGAAGACAGGCUGUUGAUGCUCAAGAAGACCAGGAGAGAGAGGAGGGAAGACAGGCUGUUGAUGCUCUAGAAGACCAGGAGAGAGAGGAGGGAAGACAGGCUGUUGAUGCUCUAGAAGACCAGGAGAGAGAUGAGGGAAGACAGGCUGUUGAUGCUCUAGAAGACCAGGAGAGAGGAGGGAAGACAGGCUGUUGAUACUCUAGAAGAUCAGGUGGGAGAGGAGGGAAGACAGGCUCUUGAUGCUCUAGAAGAUGCCCUAGAAGAUCACUAGAGAGAGGAGGGAAGACAGGCUGUUGAUGCUCUAGAAUAUCAGGAGAGAGAGGAGGGAAGACAGGCUGUUGAUGCUCUAGAAUAUCAGGAGAGAGAGGAGGGAAGACAGGCUGUUGAUGCUCUAGAAGACCAGGAGAGAGAUGAGGGAAGACAGGCUGUUGAUACUCUAGAAGAUCAGGUGGGAGAGGAGGGAAGACAGGCUCUUGAUGCUCUAGAAGAUGCCCUAGAAGAUCACUAGAGAGAGGAGGGAAGACAGGCUGUUGAUGCUCUAGAAGACCAGGAGAGAGAGGAGGGAAGACAGGCUCUUGAUGCUCUAGAAGACCAGGAGAGAGGAGGGAAGACAGGAUGUUGAUGCUCUCAAAGAUCAGGAGAGAGAGGAGGGAAGACAGGCUGUUGAUGCUCUAGAAGACCAGGAGAGAGAGGAGGGAAGACAGGCUGUUGAUGCUCUAGAAGACCAGGAGAGAGAGGAGGGAAGACAGGCUGUUGAUGCUCUAGAAGACCAGGAGAGAGAUGAGGGAAGACAGGCUGUUGAUGCUCUAGAAGACCAGGAGAGAGAUGAGGGAAAACAGGCUGUUGAUGCUCUAGAAGACCAGGAGAGAGGAGGGAAGACAGGCUGUUGAUACUCUAGAAGACCAGGAGAGAGAGGAGGGAAGACAGGCUGUUGAUGCUCUAGAAGACCAGGGGAGAGAUGAGGGAAGACAGGCUGUUGAUGCUCUACAAGACCAGGAGAGAGAGGAGGGAAGACAGGCUGUUGAUGCUCUAGAAGAUGCUCUAGAAUAUCAGGAGAGAGAGGAGGGAAGACAGGCUGUUGAUGCUCUACAAGACCAGGAGAGAGAGGAGGGAAGACAGGCUGUUGAUGCUCUAGAAGACCAGGAGAGAGAUGAGGGAAGACAGGCUGUUGAUGCUCUAGAAGACCAGGAGAGAGGAGGGAAGACAGGCUGUUGAUGCUCUAGAAGACCAGGAGAGAGAUGAGGGAAGACAGGCUGUUGAUGCUCUAGAAGACCAGGAGAGAGAUGAGGGAAGACAGGCUGUUGAUGCUCUAGAAGACCAGGAGAGAGGAGGGAAGACAGGCUGUUGAUACUCUAGAAGACCAGGAGAGAGAGGAGGGAAGACAGGCUGUUGAUGCUCUAGAAGACCAGGGGAGAGAUGAGGGAAGACAGGCUGUUGAUGCUCUAGAAGAUCAGGUGGGAGAGGAGGGAAGACAGGCGGUUGAUGCUCUAGAAGACCAGGAGAGAGAGGAAAGAAGACAGGCUGUUGAUGCUCUAGAAGAUGCUCUAGAAGAUCACUAGAGAGAGGAGGGAAGAAAGGCUGUUGAUGCUCUAGAAGACCAGGAGAGAGAGGAGGGAAGACAGGCUGUUGAUGCUCUAGAAGUUCAGGAGAGAGAGGAGGGAAGACAGGCUGUUGAUGCUCUACAAGACCAGGAGAGAGAGGAGGGAAGACAGGCUGUUGAUGCUCUAGAAGAUGCUCUAGAAUAUCAGGAGAGAGAGGAGGGAAGACAGGCUGUUGAUGCUCUACAAGACCAGGAGAGAGAGGAGGGAAGACAGGCUGUUGAUGCUCUAGAAGACCAGGAGAGAGGAGGGAAGACAGGCUGUUGAUGCUCUAGAAGACCAGGAGAGAGAUGAGGGAAGACAGGCUGUUGAUGCUCUAGAAGACCAGGAGAGAGAUGAGGGAAGACAGGCUGUUGAUGCUCUAGAAGAUCAGGAGAGAGAGGAGGGAAGACAGGCUGUUGAUGCACUAGAAGACCAGGAGAGAGAAGAGGGAAGACAGGAUGUUGAUGCUCUAGAAGAUCAGAAGAGAGAGGAGGGAAGACAGGCUGUUUAUGCUCUACAAGACCAGGAGAGAGAGGAGGGAAGACAGGCUGUUGAUACUCUAGAAGACCAGGAGAGAGAGGAGGAAGACAGGCUGUUGAUACUCUAGAAGAUCAGGUGGGAGAGGAGGGAAGACAGGCUGUUGAUGCUCUAGAAGACCAGGAGAGAGAGGAGGGAAGACAGGCUGUUGAUGCUCUAGAAGACCAGGAGAGAGAUGAGGGAAGACAGGCUGUUGAUGCUCUAGAAGACCAGGAGAGAGAGGAGGGAAGACAGGCUGUUGAUGCUCUAGAAGACCAGGAGAGAGGAUGGAAGACAGGCUGUUGAUGCUCUAGAAGAUGCUCUAGAAUAUCAGGAGAGAGAGGAAGGAAGACAGGCUGUUGAUGCUCUAGAAGA